CUGCGUUAUGCCAACAACAGCAACUACAAAAAUGAUGUCAUGAUCAGAAAGGAGGCUUAUGUUCAUAAGAGUGUGAUGGAGGAGCUAAAGAGAAUCAUUGAUGACAGUGAAAUUACAAAAGAAGAUGAUGCUCUGUGGCCUCCUCCUGAUAGAGUUGGUCGGCAGGAGCUUGAAAUAGUAAUCGGUGAUGAGCACAUCUCUUUUACCACAUCAAAAAUCGGUUCACUCAUAGACGUUAAUCAAUCCAAGGAUCCAGAAGGCUUGAGAGUGUUCUACUACUUGGUUCAGGACCUUAAAUGUCUAGUCUUCAGUCUUAUCGGACUACACUUCAAGAUUAAGCCAAUUUAA